UGAAUGCAAUACUGUAAUGCUUUAUCUAGUGACAUGAAUGAAGGUUAUUUUCUGUGAGUAAAAGAUCUUCUCGGAACUCUGAAUCAAUUGUAUCGCAAAAUGAUUCAGUGAUUCGAAUCAGUGAUUCACAUCCACAUCUGCUGCUCAAAACACAGUAAAUGCAACGAGAACGUGUUUAAAUGACAACUUUUACAAACCAAGGGCAAAUGUUUUAAAUAUUAUACCAAGCAUAAAUCAUAAUACAGAUAUGAACCUUAUACAUAAUUUGUGUCCUGGCAAGGUUUUAAUAAUUUGUGCACUAGUUUUGGUUAAUCAUUUAGUUUAAGGUCAUUAUCUUUCACUCUGACCUGACCCCUUACCAGUGUGCUGACUAACUCGGUAGCUGAUUGAGACACACCCAGAGAUUUAGUUUGCAUUUAUUUUUCUUUCUGUUACUUAUUCUCAUCUUAAACAGGACAAAGUGUCCAAACACAGAAAAGCUCCUGGUGAAUCAACUGAGGUCCAUGUGACACAUUAUUAUAAAGAUGGAGUUUAUUAAAGAGGAGAGUGAAGACAUGAAGAUUGAAGAAACAUUCAGAGUCAAACAUGAAGAUACUGAGAUACAAACAGACCUGAUGCUGCUGAAAAAGGAGAGUCAAGAACUAAAUGAAAUGGAAGACAAAGUUCAGUAUGAGAAACAUCAUUUCAAAACUGGAGAAAGUUUUAGUUCCUCACAGACUAAAAAGACUACACGGAAAAGAAAGCAGAAGACAGGAACUAGAAAUCAUUUAACCUGUCAACAUUGUGGAAAAAAAUUCACUAAAAAAGGAAACCUUGAAAUCCAUAUGAGGACUCACACUGGAGAAAAGCCUUACACCUGCCAACAGUGUGGAAAUGGUUUCGCUAACAAAAAAAAUCUUGAAGUCCAUAUGAGAAUUCACACAGGAGAAAAGCCUUGCACCUGCCAAUGUGGAAAAAGUUUCAUUGCAAAAGCAACCCUUAAAAGGCACAUGAGAAUUCAUACUGGAGAGAAGCCUUAUACCUGCCCUCAAUGUGGAAGGAGUUUUACACAUAAACAAACUCUUAAUGUCCACAUAAGAAUUCACACUGGAGAAAAGCCUUUCACCUGCCAACAGUGUUGAAAAGAGUUUUCUCUCAACAAGGAAACCUCAUAGUCCACAUGAGAAUUCACACUGGAGAAAAACUUUUGAUCUGCUAACAGUGUGGGAAAGAGUUUCAAAUGUAAAGUAUCCCUUAAUAACCACAUGAGGAUUCACUCGUGAGAAGGAUUUUAUGUCAUCAGUGCAGUUUCACAGACUCGAAACACGAUAAGAAUCUUGUAAUGAUUCACAUCAGAGAAAAUAAUUAAUUUUGCCAUUACUGUGGAAAAACUCUUGAAAAAUUCUUCAAUUCUUAUCACCCAACAUCUGCAGUUUUCAUGUACCAAUUCUAACAUCUCAGUGUUUUCUAGACGUGAUGUGGUUGCGUGCAUCACAUUCAGGACAUAUGUGUAAUGAAAUAUGUAUUAAAGGGGUAGUGAAGUACUGCCCAUGAAAAAGCAAAAAUUAAAAUUACCCCAUGAUUUACACACCCAUGAUAAGCCA